AUGCCUGGAAUACGAAAAUAUCGACGUGACACCACCGAAGUCAGCUGUUGUUUAAAAUAUGUGAUAUUUGGAGUCAAUGUAUUAUUCUGGUUUGUUGGUCUUAUUAUAUUAGCUGUUGGUAUUUGGGCAUGGAUGGAAAAAGACACAUUCAGCAAUCUCUCAAGAUUGACUAAUAUAGCACUAGAUCCAGUGUUUAUACUGAUAUGUGUUGGAACAAUUACCUUUAUAAUUGGUUUCACAGGCUGUGUUGGUGCCUUGCGUGAGAAUACCUGCCUUUUGGCUUGCUAUGCAGUUUUUCUGGCGCUAUUAUUAUUAGCAGAAAUGACAACAGGAAUUCUAUUUUUCGUUUUCAAAGAUUGGAUUAAGCAGCAAGCUACAAGUGGUUUCCAGUCUUUUAUAGCGCAUUACAGAGAAGACCCUGAUCAACAGAAUCUAAUUGAUUGGAUACAAGGAGAGUGGCUACAAUGUUGUGGUGUGGAAGGGCCUCGAGAUUGGGAUCGAAAUGCUUACUUCAACUGUUCAAGUGGUGCAGUAGGUUCUCGUGAGGCCUGUGGAGUGCCUUUCAGCUGCUGUCGCAGCAAACCACAGGACAUUAUUAUAAAGAAUAAGCAGUGUGGAUACGACGUUAGGAAGCCUACCUAUAGUUUUGACAUUGCUAAAAUAAUAUAUGACAAAGGCUGUUUAGAAGCCGCCGAGGAGUGGUUUGACCGUAACCUGUUGAUUGUAGCCACAUCUGCUGUUUGUACCGCUUUUGCACAAAUCCUGGGGAUUUGCUUCGCACAGAACCUCCGAGCCGACAUAUUUGCGCAGAAGUCAAAAUGGCACUGA